AUGUACUCUUUGUCGCUUCUCUCCAUCCCUUUGCUCUCUGCUCUGGUCCAUGGCUACGCCAACCCCGGCGCCUGUUCCGGAGCCUGCAAUAUCCAUGACCCGGGCUUGAUCCAACGAGAGUCAGACGGGAAAUACUUCCGUUUUUCCACCGGAAACAAGAUCUCGUAUGCCUCUGCGUCGUCGAUCGAGGGACCAUGGGAGGCAAUCGGCUCUGUCCUCCCUGGUGGUUCUUCCAUCGACCUGGAAGGAAAAGAUGACCUCUGGGCCCCCGACAUUCAAAAGGUCGGCAACGCCUACCACCUCUACUACUCCGUCUCCACCUUUGGCUCCCAGAACUCCGCCAUCGGUCUCGCAACCUCCCCGACCAUGAACGAAGGAGACUGGACCGACCUCGGCGCCACGGGAGUCCGCUCCGACUCAUCCAAGAACUACAACGCCAUCGACGCCAACCUCUUCAACGACGGCGGCACCUACUACAUGAACUUCGGUUCCUUCUGGGGCAAUCUAUACCAGGCACCGUUCAAUUCCGCCGCGACGAAGGUGUCCUCCUCGUCGUACAACAUCGCCUACGACCCGGCCGGCAGCCACGAGGUCGAGGCCGCCUAUCUGUACAAGAACGGGAACUACUACUACCUGUUCUUCUCGACUGGGAAGUGCUGUGGAUACGAUACCGACCGACCGGCUGCGGGCGCCGAGUACAAGAUCAAGGUGUGUCGGUCGAGCAGUGCGACGGGCAACUUUGUCGAUGCCAACGGUGUAGCAUGCACCAACGGCGGCGGAACCGUGGUCCUAGAAAGUCAUGGAAACGUGUACGGACCUGGCGGACAGGGUGUCUUUACUGACUCCACGCACGGCCCUGUCCUCUACUACCACUACGUCGACACCACCAUUGGCUACGGAGACGGUCAGAAGCUGUUCGGCUGGAACAAGAUCGACUUCUCCAGCGGAUGGCCUGUUGUGUAA